GACGGUGUUCAAGGCUAUAAUUCCCGUGGCUUGGAGCGAGAUGUCAGCCCGGCAUUGCGUAUAAGAUAUGCCAACUACUCAACCGGCUUAAAUCUUCUUCUGAAAUCGCACAUCACGACAUACCGUACUCUGCCUGAGCGUUUUCCAAACAUUGUCGAGAUUGGACCCCAUGGCAGAAUUCGUUGCACUAUUAACGGUGACCCCGGUGGUGAUUUAUUCACUUCGCCAGCCAAUCUGGCUGUCUGGGUUCAUCAUUCCAUGAUGGAUCGCCUCUACACGUAUUGGCAAGCUCUUGAUCCCAAGAAACGACACACAGACUUCAACACAGGAACCUACGGCCCAUAUCACACGGGCCAAUAA